AGUUUUUAUUCUCUUACAAAACAAAUUAUUUAACCUUUUCAAGAGAAAAGACUAGAGAAGAGGCUGCCUUCUCUUUUUUUCAUCUAUAAAGCUCGACUUCUUACCCCAAAACAGUUAAAGACCCUUCUUCAUAGUCAGGACAAUUAACACUGUUAGUAGUCCAAUAAUCUCAGUGUUGAGAGGAUGUUAAGAGGUGAGAGCAAAUUUUUUAAAUUUGUUCUUUUUGCUUUCAAACACUCGGUGGCAACAUAUUGCAUCAAGAGACGGUAAGAUACUCGAUGUUUUGUAGUAAGCGCACAGCUCGUGAAUUGAUCAGUUGUAUAAAAGGCGAUGGUAGUGAGUCCGCAAAGGAUGGAAAAUAACGAUAGUAAUUUUAAAUCCCAUGAAGGUCAAUCAUCAGGACCUUCAAAUACUGCUAGCAAAGAGAAAUCUGCAGAGGAAGAAGUCUUUAUCAACCAUGCUAAGAUAGCUUGGCAUAAGAUGAGAAAUGAAUGGGUAGGAGAUCAGUCUCGUAAACCUCGAAGAACAUCUAGAGAGCCAAUAAUGAGCUGGACCUCAAGUUAUGAUGAUUUGCUUACAUCUACCGUGCCUUUCCAACAGCCGAUAUCCUUAGCUGAGAUGGUUGACUUCUUGGUUGACAUAUGGCAUGAGGAAGGCCUCUAUGACUAGUAGAUGAUGACUUGUUCUAAUGGGGCACAGUUGGAAUCUUGCACGGUUGUUUGAAUAGAUUAAUCAGAAAGCAAACCCUCACAUAGGUUACAAACCUCUGACUUGAUUGAUUUAAAGUAUAGUUUGGUUCUCUUGUUCUCAAUUGAUUGCUUAAAGCAUAUUCUUGGAACAGUCUUAGUCUCAGUUCUUUAUUUGGAUUUACAUGUAAAAAAAUUGCUGAUCUUAUGCUGUAUUUCCGGUACACAGCUGACAUUUUUGUGGAUCUUACUCAUUAGUUUCAAACUUUUGUUGGGUUGGUACUUGGUAUUAA